AAUGUCUUCACAAUUUCUCUCCAGCUCAAACGUAUGUUACUUGAAUGUUGCUGGUUGUGAUGUGCCUGCAUCGACAGGACUGCUUUGACAAUGAGAUGGUCUUCAUCUCUGUUUCCAGAAUGAUUUUUAAGGACUGUCGUGUGUGAACAGAAAAAGUCUCCUGGUAUAUCUAAUGUAUGUUUUCAAAGCUGUGCUGUUUGAUAUCAAAGUGAAUGUUGCUUUGUAAGUGAACUAUUCCUCUCAGCAUGGCAUUUCACAAUGUACAUGGAGAAACUAACUGGUAACCACAGGACUACUUUAUAAAAACAACCCUGUACAAUUCAUCAGUAUGAAAAAAUCAGAACAUGAAAAAAAUCCAAUCUAAUAAAAUGACCUGGGUCACUAUGACCCUCUCAACAGUGCUUUACUGCAGCAAGAUCUUGCAUGGAUGCUAUUCAUCGUUCAUCUUUCUCUCACCAGAUACUCUCGACCAGUGAAAGCCAGCUCCUUGUUGAGGCAUUCAAUACACAAUGGAUUAUUUCUACACAAACUCUACCAUGGUCCCCAGCAACACCACGGAUCUUUAUUCCAGUGAUGAGUGGGAAUGCAGUGACAAUCCGGCUGCAUUUGCAUUCUGGAUGGCUAUACAGGUUCUAACUGCCAUUCUGGGAUUGCCUGCCAAUGUGACAGUGCUGUGGAUUUUACUGAGGAAACAAACUGCCAUCUCCUCUUCUGAGGUGUUCAUACUGAACCUGGCAGUCAUGGAUGCUUUGUUUUGCCUCAAUGCAGCCCUUGAUACAUAUAAUAAUUACUGUCCUGGUAAUAGCAUUGUUGACAUGGUAGACUGUGUUGUCUAUUAUUGUAAUGUGAUCGGCUGUCCUCUGUUCCUUUGCUGUAUCUGUGUGGAGCGUUACGUGGCUGUGGUGCAUCCAGUCACCUACCUGAGGUUCAAGUCGCUCACCUAUAGAGUGGUGUGCUCUGCUGUGGCUUGGGCCAUUGCUUUGGCAUUCUCCAUCUACUUAACUAUAACAGAAGACGACAUUUUAUAUGCAGUCUCAGGUUUCAUCACUGCCUUGUUUAUUGUCAUGAUUUUCUGUAACCUCUCCAUCCUGAGGGUCCUGAGGAGGUCUGCCCCAGGGAGAGACGAGAUCCACCCCAUGAUGAAGAAAGCCUUCCACAUGGUUUUUAUCAUUUUAAUGCUUGUGUUAGUUUCCUAUUCCCCAGUUGUAGCCUUGUUCCCAUUUAAACCAUAUUUCAAUGAGACUACAUUUCUAUGUUAUAUCAUGCCAGUAUGCUAUUCCUUUUUUAUCCCCAGGAGCUUCAUACAGCCUUUGCUCUACCUGUCUAAUGUGGUUACAUUGUCUUGUGUGCUGUUUCCAUGCAAUGUAGGGUGCUGUGUAGCACUGAGCCCCCCUGCAUGAAGUCAACAGAAAACACGUUCCAUUGGAGAGCAAGUAGCUUCUAAUGACAUUUCAAACCAGCCACAAGCACCUCAAUCAGGCAAUACAGACAUCUCAGUGAAACUCAUUGUUUAAGAAUCAGCCCUCAGACCAGCUCAGAGCGAUUGCAAACAUCAUUACCAGUUUGAAAUGUCAUGUCAGGCUCGUUGCUCUAGAAGGGAUUUUUUAACUGUGUGAUUCUGCUCUUUAUUGGCUUCAGGUUGUUUUUAUUGUGUAAAAGUCGCUUGCCUCUCCAUUGUAAAUAGAUCCUCUUCAUCCUGUUAGGUGGGUUAGACUCCAAAUCAAAGCUUCACUACAUUCUAUACGAUGCAUGUUUUACUUCGUAUAAAAAGUCAUUAAAUAUUACAAAUCCGAUUAUUCUAGGGUGAAAAUACUAGGAUGUUUUCAAAUAACUUUUAGCACAAUAUACAAUUUUAAAUACUCAUGCUUGAUUUUGCUUUGAUGAAAACGUCUAGUGCAUACUACGCAUAUUGUACUUAGAAUAAGAAGCUGUUAAGAAUUCAAUUUAAAUAUAAUAAGCAUAGGUUAUUUGUUUUGUUAUGUUUUAGCAAAAUAUAGGAUUUUAAAAACGCAUUGUUGAAUUAUAUUGUUGAAUAUGUUAAUAUGAAUUGUAAAGUAGAAAUAUAUUCAGUCGUGUGGGAAUGUAUCAGAACACCUCGCGAUUUGUCAUUUAUAUCCUUGACAAACAUGCCUGCAUGAAAACCUCAUCUAAAAAGUCUCCUGCAUUUUACCACGUGUGCCUCUGUGUUCCUUUUCUCUUACUAUUUUAAAUGAAUUGCAUGUGUGAUCUUUUAAAGUAAGCAAUUCAAUUAGACAAUCUCUAAUUUCCAAGAUUUUCAGUUCCAGUGGUGUGAUUUCAUAUGCACAACAAAUCAAAACUGCAGGGGGCGUUUGUA